CAGCGUACGCACCCCACACCAAAGCCGGCCAUGGUGACCUUCACGGCGCGCCGGAGCGAGCCGGAGCUGCUGCCCCCGGCACGGGCGACUGCGCGGGAGACCAAGGCCCUGUCGGACCUCGACGACCAGCGCACGCUGCGCUACUACGAGACGGUGAUCGGCUUCUUCCGCAGCAACGACCUCGCCGGCAGGCCGGACGACCCGGUUAAGGCCAUCCGGGCGGCGUUGAGGGAGGCGCUGGUGUACUACUACCCGAUCGCCGGCCGGCUCAGGGAGGACGGCGCAGGGAGGCUGGUCGUGGACUGCACGGCCGAGGGGGUGGUGUUCGUGGAGGCCUACGUGGACGCGCGCCUGGAGGAGUUCGGCGAGCCGCUGCUGCCGCCGUACCCUUGCGUGGAGGAAUUACUGUGCCAUGUCGGCGACACCAGGGCCGUCGUUGGCAAGCCUUUGCUCUUCAUGCAGGUGACACGACUCAAAUGCGGAGGGUUCGUCCUGGGUUUUCACAUUUGCCAUAACCUCGCCGACGGUUUCGGCAUGGCUCAGUUCAUCAAAGCUGUGUCCGACAUAGCACGUGGAGAAGCGGCCCCGACCAUUUUACCCGUGUGGGAAAGGGAGCUGCUAACAUCACGCGGCUUAUUACCUCCAGUCAACCGACUCUACCCAGUGCACCAACCACCAGUGAACGGCUCAGGGAGCGCAGCUCGCGACAUGAUGCUCUCGGUUCCGCCGGAGAGCAUGGUCGCCAAGUACUUCCUCUUCGGGCCAAGGGAGGUAUCAGCCCUACGAGACCGCAUACCGGCGGGCCAUCCCGCCCGCUCCGCCACGAUCUUCGAGCUGGUGACCGCCGUGAUGUGGCGGUGCCGCACGGUCGCCCUCGGGUACGAGCCCGGCCAGCGGGUGCGCCUCAUGACCACCAUGAACGCCCGCGGGAGGUGGAACAACCACACCCCCAUCCCGUGGGGGUACUACGGCAACGCGCACGUCUCCCCCAUAGCGGAGGUCGUCGUCGGCGAGCUCCGCGGGCAGCCGCUCGCCGACACGGUGGAACUCGUGCGCGAGACCAAGCGCGGCAUGACCAAGGAGCGCAUGGAGUCGAUGGUGGAGGCGGUGGCGUUGCUGCGGGAGUGGCCGCCUUCCACCAUGGACAGGAUAUACGAGGUAUCGGAUGUGAGAUGGAUGGCGGUGAACGUGUUGGACUUCGGGUGGGCUGACCUGGCCGGCGGUGGUAUUCCGUUGGCCGGGGAUCUCACUUCCAAGCUAGGGAGCGAUCACAUGUGGUGCAGGAAUGAGAACGGCGAGGUCUCGACCGUGGUGUCAAUGCUGCUGCCGAGGGCGGCCAUGGACAGGUUUACGGAGGAGAUCGCGGUAUGGCUGAGCCACAAAGAUGACGAGAAGAAUUUAGCAAUCAUGAGCUCACUCUAGCGAUGCAUAUCAUCGGGGUAUUGAAACUUCACCAGCUAUUGCUAUUGGAAGGUUAUAUGAAGAUAAACAGCAUUAAUUAUUCCUGUGGUCCAUGUCACACGCACAUAUGUAUGUAUGUUCCCGUCCAUUAAUUUAAAGUUUGGUUGUGCAACGUAGUCAAAAUUAUUAUAUUUAGAUCGAUUCAAUUCAUCCCACAUUUGGAUCAAUUCUUUGUAUGUGUGACUUCAUGAAUUUUAGUCUUCGUGUUUCUAUGAGAAAUGCAUUCUUAA